GAUACCGCAUAUUAUAAGCCACUGGAUGUCAAGGUUAUUUUCUCAUCUGGUUCAGCAUCUGCAUUUCAAGGCCCAUUUACCCCUGCAUGUUAGAUUGGAGCAUCAAACAAUUGGGGUCUGGUUCCUAUACUUAAUAAGCUCACAAAAGAGGGGGGGAAAUAUCUCAAUGCAGUGUACCCAUAUCUACUUCAAAAGACUGAUGGAAUCCAUGGGAAAGAAUGUCAAAUUUGCCAUCGAUGAGGUUUGUCAAGGUGCAGAGCACACCGCUGCAGUAAUGUGGCACCUUGAAUGGAAUGGAUACACCAUCCCCUUUACCAAGGGCUGCAGCUUCUACAUAUGUUCAGAAAAUGGAGCGGUGCUUCUUAUCAGGAAAGUUCAUAUCUUUGAUGAGUCACCACUGAAACCAGGAAAAUGGGCAUUGGAAAUACUCAAUAUUGUCACCAACUUACUCAACAUGUUCCCAAAAAUAGCUGAAGGUUUCCUCAAGGAUCCAGAAGCAAUAGUUCAACCUUUUGUAAAGCUCUACAAGUUCUAUGUGGAGCCUUUUAUCCUCCCAUUUCUAGCAUACUAUACCUACUUUUGGACAUAUGUGGCUCGAGGAUUGACUGUGGCGCUCCAUAUCUUGCAUAACUUAAUUAAACGGCUUAUAUAAAGAGCUGGAGUGACUGAAAUUCGGAUAAAUAAAUUUGCAAAAAA